AUGCUGAACGGAGCUUUGUUGCUAAGUAUUAUAUCAGUGGCUGGGAUCUUAAAGACAGAGAGUCGUAAAACCGCCAAAGACAUAUGCAAGAUCCGCUGUUUAUGCGAAGAGAAGGAGAACGUGCUUAAUAUUAAUUGUGAGAAUAAAGGAUUUACCAGCGUUAGUUUGCUUCUCCCUCCACAGUCCAGAAUAUACCAGCUUUUCCUUAAUGGCAAUUUACUGAGCAGGCUAUACCCAAAUGAGUUUGUCAAUUACUCCAAUGCAGUGACUCUUCAUCUGGGGAACAACGAACUACAGGAUAUCAAAACUGGUGCCUUUAAUGGCUUAAAAACUCUGAAACGUUUGCAUCUAAAUAAUAAUAAAUUGGAAAUGUUAAAAGAGGAAACUUUUCAGGGCCUGGAAAAUCUUGAAUAUCUUCAAGCAGAUUAUAAUUUCAUCAGUGUUAUUGAAGCUGGAGCUUUCAGUAAACUCAAUAAAUUAAAAGUGCUGAUUCUUAAUGAUAAUCUUCUCCUGUCUCUUCCAAAUAACGUGUUUCGUUUUGUGCUGUUAACUCAUUUGGAUCUGCGAGGCAAUAGGCUUAAAAUGUUGCCCUUUGCUGGUGUCCUUGAACACAUAGGAGGCAUUAUGGAAAUACAGCUGGAGGAAAAUCCUUGGAAUUGCACCUGUGAUCUGAUCCCACUCAAAGCCUGGUUAGAUACCAUUACUGUGUUUGUGGGAGAGAUUGUAUGUGAAACCCCUUUUAGGCUGCAUGGCAAAGAUGUCACACAACUGACCAAGCAAGAUCUAUGUCCCAGAAAGAGUGCCAGUGAUACAAAUCAGAGAUCUGCACACCCAGCAUUUUCAGACCCUCGUAUACAGAGGCAACCUCCUACAUAUAACCCAGCUGUCACCCCAACUAGAGCCCCCAAAGCCAGCAGACCCCCUAAAACCAGAAAUAGACCCACCCCAAGGGUUACGGUCUCCAAAGACAGGCAGAUAUUUGGGCCCAUUAUGGUUUAUCAGACAAAAUCUCCAGUCCCUUUGACUUGUCCUGAUGCCUGUGUGUGCACAUCGCAGAACUCUGAUAGUGGCUUGAAUGUUAAUUGCCAAGAAAGAAAAAUUAGUAACAUUUCCGAUCUUCAGCCUAAACCUAGCAACCCAAGGAAGCUGUACUUGACAGGUAACUAUUUACAAAUUGUUUAUAAAAAUGAUCUUCAAGAAUUUAGUUCACUUGAUCUGUUACAUUUAGGUAAUAAUCGAAUAGCAAUUAUACAGGAAGGUGCCUUUUCUAACCUCACAAGUUUACGCAGACUUUAUCUUAAUGGCAAUUACCUUGAAAUAUUGUAUCCUUCCAUGUUUGAUGGUUUGUACAGUUUACAGUAUCUUUACCUAGAGUACAAUGUAAUUAAGGAUAUUUUGCCACACACAUUUGACGCUCUUAGCAACCUCCAACUCCUGUUUCUCAACAAUAACUUAUUAAGAUCACUUCCUAACAAUGUAUUUAAAGGAACAGCUCUGACAAGACUGAACCUGAGAAACAAUCACUUCUCAUAUCUGCCAGUUAAAGGGGUACUGGACCAGCUAACUGCUUAUAUACAGAUUGAUCUCCAGGAAAAUCCAUGGGAUUGCACAUGUGAUAUAUUAAGGCUAAAAGACUGGAUAGAGCAAUCUAGUUCCACUGUGGUUGUUCAGGAGGUGACAUGUGAAUCACCAGUUAAGCAUGCGGGGGAGCAUUUAAGGUUAAUAGCAAAGGAAGCUAUUUGUCCAGAAUAUCCUAAUUUUUCUGAUGCCAAUCUUCUGUCAUUUAAUCACAAAACUUACACAGUACAUCCACUUAGUGUCUCCCCAAGUCCUUAUACUGAGCUACACACUGAAGUCCCUCUCUCUGUGUUAAUUUUGGGACUGCUGGUAGUUUUCAUCCUCUCUGUUUGCUUUGGGGCUGGAUUAUUUGUCUUUGUUUUGAAAAGACGAAAAGGAGUGCAGAGUGUCCCAAGCAGCAGUGCUAACAAUUUAGAUAUUAGUUCCUUUCAACUCCAGUAUGGGUCAUAUAACCCAGGCUCUAACGAGAAAACUGAGGCUCAUGUGUACAAUUACAUUCCUCCACCUGUUGGGCAAAUGUGUCAAAAUCCAAUUUACAUGCAGAAAGAAGGGGAUCCAGUUGCUUACUACAGGAACCUUCAAGAAUUUAGUUAUAGUAAACUGGAUCAUAAAAAAGAUGACCCAACUACCAUUGCCUACACAAUAAGCACAACUGAACUGUUAGAAAAGCAACCAUCAGCAGAGUCUGAAAUCUUGUAUCAGAACAUUGCAGAACGUGUAAAGGAACUUCCAAGCGGUGGAGUGGUUCAUUAUAACUUUUGCACCUUGCCCAAGAGGCAGUUAAUGCCUGCAUAUGAAUCAAGGCGUCAGAACCAGGACAGGAUUAAUAAAACUGUUUUAUAUGGUACACCCAGAAAGUAUUUUGCAGAACAAUCAAAACAUGAGCACCUCUUGCUCCAAGGAAAAUUGCAAUCAGAGCCUGAUUACCUCGAGGUUCUCGAAAAGCAAACAGCAAUAAGUCAGCUGUAG